UCACUGCAGAGAGACACACAGACUGAAGAACAGACGAUCAGAUUCACCUUUAGACCAAACUAACAACUUCCUCUAAGUGAGUUCAGCUAAAACUCCAACACUGCUGCUUCAACCUGCUGACACUCCACACACUGAAGCUUCACUCAGAGACUAAAUGGCUUCCAGAUCAGAGGAGGAUCUCUGCUGUCCGGUCUGUCAGGACGUCUUUAGAGAUCCUGUUGUUCUGUCAUGUAGCCACAGCUUCUGUAAAGACUGUCUGAAGAGAUGGUGGAGACAGAAACCAACACGUGAGUGUCCAGUUUGUAAGACAGUAUCUUCAACUGCAAAGCCACCUGUUAGUCUGGUGUUAAAGAACCUGUGUGAGGCCUUCUUAUUGGAGAGAGAUCAGAGAGCUUCAGAGGCUCUCUGCAGUCUGCACUCUGAGAAACUCAAACUCUUCUGUCUGGACCAUCAGCAGCCAGUGUGUGUCAUCUGCAGAGAUUCAGAAAAACACACCAAGCACAGAUUCAGACCCGUCGAUGAAGCUGCACGACAACACAAGAAGGAACUUGAGGAAACUCUGAAGCCCUUAAAGGAGAAGUUAAAGGUUUGUAAACAAGUUAAAGUGAAGUGUGAACAAACAGCACAACACAUGAAGGUCCAGGCCCGACGCACAGAGAGGCAGAUUAAGGAGCAGUUUAAGAAGCUUCACCAGUUUCUAGAAGAGGAAGAGGAGGCCAGGAUGGCUGCACUGUGGGAGGAAGAGGAGCAGAAGAGUCAGAUGAUGAAGGAGAAGAUGGAGGCUCUGAGCAGAGAGAUAGCAGCUCUUUCAGACACAGUCAGAGCCACAGAGGACGAGCUGAGAGCUGAAGACGUCUCAUUCCUGCUCAACUACAAGGCUGCAGUGGACAGAGUCCAGCAGCGCCCCCUGCUGGAUGAUCCACAGCUGCUCUCAGGAACUCUGAUAGACGAGGCCAAACACCUGGGCAACCUGACCUUCAACAUCUGGAACAAGAUGAAGGACAUGGUCUCCUACACUCCUCUGAUCCUGGACCCAAACACUGCUCAUCCAAACCUCAUCCUGUCUGAAGAUCUGACCAGUGUGAGACGAGGACAGAGACAGCAGCUUCCUGAUAAUCCAGAGAGGUUUGAUUAUUACUGGUCUGUCCUGGGCUCUGAGGGCUUUAACUCAGGGACUCACAGCUGGGAUGUCGAGGUUGGAGACAGUACAGUCUGGUUUCUGGGUGUGUUAGCAGAGUCUGUCCAGAGGAAGGGACGCAUACAGUCUGGAUUAUGGGUAAUAUGGUUCCAUGAAGGUAAAUAUUUAGCAUGGUCACCAUCAGCUCCACCCACUGACCUCAAAGUGCAGAAGAAGCUCCAGAGGAUCAGAGUGAAUCUGGACUGGAACAGAGGAAAGCUGUCGUUCUCUGAUCCUGAUACUAACACACACAUACACACCUUCACACACACUUUCACUGAGAGGAUGUUUCCAAUAAUUAGGACUGUUGCUAAAGUGAAGAUAUUACCAUUGAAGGUCUGUGUGACAGUGGAACAGAGCAGUUAGAGAUAAAGAGGGUGAUUAUAUUUACAAAUUAAUGUCAUGUGAUCUGAGGAACUUCCUGCAGGACUUCAAGGCUAUUCAAGAGAAGGCUGAGACACAGGGUCAAACAUGGGGGAAUUGCACAUGCGCAGUGUAACUUGAGCUGCGAUGCUGGAGGGUGACAGCAGGGGUGCUAGAUAAAAAGCGCAGGAUCCACUCAGGGGAUCAAGGAGUGCGCUUGGUGCGGUCUACUUGGAUUUUUGGACGGCGGCUGCCUGAAGUUGUUGGAACUGCAUCUCUGUCAUUCUGACCCACAACGCAGGCCACCAGUGACAGUCCAGUAAUAAGCUGUGAAAAUGACACGCAUGCACAUCCCCCAUAUUCCGCGGUGUCACGCCAUCUACUGAGCGUGUGAGGAAGUGCAGACCAGAUUUUACUGCACAUGUGCAAUCCUCCAAUGUUUGACCCCGUGUCUCAGCCUUCUCUUGAAUAGUCUUGCAGGACAUUUUACUGAUGCUUUAGCGCCCUCUGCUGAUCAAAGUGUGUUCAACUCAACAGGAUUAAACUGUUUCAUAUCAAUAAUUUCAUUAAUAUUUUUAUAUUAAAUCCAGACGUGUCACGUCAAUAGAAACCG